UUUGUAAUUCUUUCUUCAAUAAAGAAACUUAAUACCGAACUUUUUCCUAGAAAAUUUUGCAACUGUUGUGAGUACUUUACAAUUUAACAAUGGAUUGAUAAUAUAAAUUACAUAGCUAAUUGUGAAAAGGGACGACACAAAGCAAAAAGUUAUUUUCGUUGACCUUUUUGACAACAUGAAGCAACCGUCUAUUUUCUCGCAAUUCGCUGGUACCAUGCCACAACUUAUAGCUGUGCUAAGUGGUACCUUAGUGGCGGUAUCAGAUGGUAUGAAUACUGGCUGGACUGCACCAGUCAUACCAAUUUUACUGGGUGAAGAUAGUCCCAUUAAAACCACAAAACAUGAAGCUGAAUGGUUGGAAACUAUAUUGAUGGUUGGUUCUUUUGCUGGGUUACCGUUUACGAUUUAUUCUGUAGAUAAGUUCGGGAGAAAAAGGUCCCUGUUGAUUGCGGCGUUUGUUACAUUGAUAUGUUGGAUUUCCAUUGGUUUGGCUACAAAGAUUGAACACCUUUUGGCUACAAGAUUUUUCUGUGGGAUGGCUGGUGAUAUGGCGUUUGUUGCUGCACCAAUGUACGUUGGAGAAAUUGCAGACCAAAAAAUUAGAGGAUUUUUAUCCAGUGUCAUUUACUUGAUGAUGUUAGUUGGGAUUCUAAUGGUAUACUCUAUAGUCCCAUUUGUACCUUUUUAUGUACCAUCCAUAAUAGGCGGUGGAUUAGUUCUUAUUCAACUCAUAGUAUUUCCUUUUAUGCCUGAAUCCCCAUACUAUCUUCUCUAUAAAAACAAACCCGAAGAAGCUAAAGCUGCUCUAAAAAAGUUCAGGCAGAGUGAAGAUAUUGAUGAUGAAUUCAUGGACAUUUGCAAGGCUGUAGAAAGACAACGCACAGAAAAAGGAAGACCACAAGAUCUUCUCUUAGUAAAGAGCAAUCGCAAAGCUUUCGUGAUAAUGGCGAUUUUAAAUGCCUCUCAACAUUUUAGCGGUAUAAGUGUUUUACUAAUGAACGUACAUAUUAUUCUUGAAGCCGCUGGUACUGUUUAUAUCCCAUCUUCAAUAUCGGCCAUAUUAUUCUCUAUAAUUAUGUUGGCUGCUGCAACCGCAACCUCUUUUACAAUCGAUAAAUAUGGUAGAAAGGUUUUACUGUGUACAUCUAGCUUACUAGCAGGUUUUUGUAUUCUCUCGUUAGCAGUGUACUUUCACCUUAAGAAUAUAGGCUAUGAUGUACUUCCAGUAAGUUAUAUACCCAUUGUAUCUGUUAUGGUAUAUGCCGCUGUAUUUAAGCUAGGCUUAGGUAUGGUGCCCAUUGUACUAACCGCUGAAUUAUUCCCAGCGAAAAUGAAAGCCAUGGGUAUGACUCUAGCCGAUGGUAUGUACAUAAUAUUUUCAAUUGCAUCUCUACAGGUGUACCAAUUGCUAUCGGAUAAAUAUGGAUUCCAUGUACCUUUUUAUAUUUUCUCUAUCUGUUGUUUUUUCACGACCUUAUUCACGACUUUAUUUAUCCCAGAGACAAAAGGUAAAACUCUUGAUGAAAUUCAAUUUAUAUUAAAAGGAAAAAAUGCAGACAGAAAAAAUAACGCAAUCUAAUAAAUUUGGUUGGCUUAUUAAGGUGAGUUAUUUGAUUUGUAUUUUAUGAGUUAAAAUUUAAGAUUAAAUAUUGCAUAUGUAUAUUUUGUAUGUUUUAUUUUUUAUUUUUAUUAACAGGGCAAAAUUAUUAUGUACAUUUGAAAAAAAAAUAUUCAUUUGAUACUGUUGUCAAUGAACGUAAAUAAAUUGAAUUUAAAUUUAAC